CUCUUCUGUUUGUGGCUCGUUUUCCGGGGUGUGAUUGGGAUAUCCUUGUUCAAAUUCAUGUGCCUUGAUCAAAGUUUUAUCGCCUGACCUGCCAACCUUCAUGCCGUCAAGUGCUGUGCUGGCGGUGAACAAUUCCGUUGGGUGCUCAUUCGUUGGACGUGAGCGCGCUCAGUUGAUGAUGAUUCUCAGGAAACUCAUUUUCUUUUGUCAACUCUGUUUUCUUGUCACCCGCAGAAGAUUCAAAGGCCAGGGGCAUCAACGACGCGUGGCAAGACGCACAAAUCAGGUGGCACGUCUGGUCGGCCCGUCCCUUCGGCCCGUCACUUGUGCCAAAUCUCCGACGCUAGGCUAGUGAAGGCUAUCAUUCGCUGUAUGACAGUUGGCGUCGACGAUCUCCCUUCGAUAUGGAGCUAGCGCGAAGCUCAAUCGCAUACUAGUGAUAAUGAUCUCUCUGUUGGUGGACCAAUUCGACCGUCGUUCAAUCAAAUUACCUCAGAUCAAGAUGCGAGGGCUAUGACAACCUGAUGGAUGAUCAUGGGCGAGACAUCAAUUUUCCGGAUUUUCUUUUCCGCUCCCCUUUGUCACGUGAGAUGGCUGGCUUUUUCGUACGUUGAUCACAAACUAAUGCUUUUCCAUCACUCCUUCUCGUCUGUAACUCUCCUCCAGGGAUGUGGUACAAUCAUAUUAUUCCCAAAAUACGACCCUUUGACAGUUUCC